AUGAAACUUUCCUUAAGUUAUUUUACUUAUUUCUCACUUGCUGUAACUGAUCAAUACCUAAUCCUCCAGAUUUGCGAGACGGAUGGCAUCGAGGAGCUGAGCGACGAGGAAUUACCGAGUGGCGACCGCCGUCGUUUGGUGGUUGUGAAGACACUUUGGCGGGGCUGCCAUAGCGAUGUCAAAGCGGCGUUUGCCCGCGAAGCUACAUGGGGAGCUGGGCUGAAGCACCCGCAACUAGCUCGGGUGCUCGGUUUGAGCCUCCUAGAGCCUCCAUGCGCGGCACUCGACCGCGGCAAUGCAGUCCCAUUGACAACGAUACUGAAGAUGGAACGGAGAUUGAAUUAUGCGAGUUUGAUACACAUAUGCUGCCAAAUAGCCAACGGUAUGAAGUAUCUGGAGUCAUUCGAGUUAGUACACAGAGAUCUCGCAGCAAGAAAUAUAACAGUUACCAACGAUCUGAACAUUAAAGUAUCCGACUAUGCGAUGUUUUGCGAGGAGUUUAUUGGCGAUUAUCACAUUAUGGCAAAUGGAAUUCGAGUACCACUUCGGUGGAUGCCUUGGGAGAGCCUGCUUAUGGGCAUGUGCUCACCCGCAAGCGAUGUUUGGUCAUUUGGAGUCACAGUCUGGGAGGUGCACACAUACUGCGCAGCGCAACCUUUUGAGGAAAUGAACGACGAUCAGGUUGUUGCAAAUGCAAGCCAAUGGCGUUGCGGCGGCCGCGGCGCACGAGUCCCGGCCGCUCCUCUACCGAGAUGCCGACGAGAACUUUACGAUUUAAUGCAUGAAUGCUGGCGACGCGAACCAAAUCAACGGCCGCGUUUUAACGACUUGCACCGCUUUUUGGAACGUAUGACUGAGGGGUAUAAACCACCAAUGCCACGCCCUUAA